UUUCCUGGCAGGAACCCGAGGUUGAAAAUGCUAAAAGUAGACAGGAAGAGUCCUUUACGGCACCGGCUUUUUUCGGGGGGUUUGUGGAAUCACUUAUCAAUCCAACUGCCAAGUCAAACGGGAGGAAUUCGCCGGCUAUAUAGCCAAGAAAUUGGCAGUGGACAUCUUCAAUACCAGUAGAAGGUAUCACUGAAGUGACUUUCGUGGCACAUUACAACAAAAAAACGUGUUGAAAUUUACAGUAUAUUGACUAAGUUACAUUGUAACGCGGCUCAGCAUCCACCUCAUCACUUCUCAGUUGGCAGACGUAGCUAACGUUAGCUAGCUAGCUAGCUAUUUUGCCGGUUGCUAGUACGCCAACCGAGUUAGCAGAGAAUUAAAGAAGUCAACCGUUAUGGACCAAACCUGGAUAACGGUGGAAUGAGAUAGUUACAUUGCAAAGUUUACAUUUGACUGUUUAGUCUGCACUACUUUUAGCCGUCCUUCUGAGCAGUUUAGUUAGAACGCACGUGACGUGGUGGCUAAAAUAGACUUGUCCAUAUUUUGCAGCUUGCCAAAACUACCCCAAUUUACAUUACAUUUAGAUAUAGUAAAAUAUCGGCUAUCGAUUGUAAUAGUUUGAUAAUUUUGGUUCCAUCCGUGUGAUGCACAAGCAAGGGUCGUUCGUGUCCCCCUUGCUCAGCGGGGUCUUUUGUCAAUGCCAAGCAGAUGAGGCGCACCGGGGUUCUGACCCGGGUGGCGGGGUCGAGGAUACUGGGGGUCCAUCCUUCCCAUCCCCACCUCGGGCUCGGCCGUUGUCAGGGCUGAACACAGGUUCCUGUGAUGACUCCUGUGAACCAUCGUAUCUAUGCGAACUUUGUGGUGGACCCGAGCAGGACCACAGACUGAAAGUGCUGUUUCAAGUCCUGGACGUGAAUGGUGAUGGGGGCAUCUGCGUCAACGACCUGUCCAUUGGGCUCAAGAAACUGGGCGUUCAUCGCACAGAACUCGAGCUUAUGAAAAUAGUUAAAGCGGGAGAUAAGGACCUGGACGGCCAGUUGGACUUCGAAGAGUUUGUCCACUAUCUGAGAGACCACGAGAAGAAGCUCCGGCUGGUCUUCAAAAGCCUGGACACUAAGAACGAUGGUCGUAUUGACAAGCAGGAAAUCAUGCAGUCCCUUCGAGACCUGGGGGUUAACAUCUCCGGGCAGCAGGCAGAGAAGAUCCUCAAAAGCAUGGACAAGAAUGGCACGAUGACCAUCGACUGGAACGAGUGGAGAGACUACCACCUACUGCACCCCGCCAAUAACAUUCCCGAGAUCAUCCUGCACUGGAAACACUCAACGAUAUUCGAUGUGGGGGAGAGUUUGAUGGUGCCAGAUGAGUUUACAGCCGAGGAAAAGAAGACUGGGAUGUGGUGGCGACACUUAGUGGCUGGAGGGGCAGCCGGCGCCGUGUCUCGAACCUGCACCGCACCCCUGGACCGGCUCAAAGUGCUCAUGCAGGUCCACGCCUCCCGUACCAACAGCAUGUGCAUCGCCGGCGGCUUCACCCACAUGAUACGCGAGGGCGGUAUGUGGUCACUAUGGCGAGGCAAUGGCAUGAACGUCAUCAAGAUCGCCCCUGAGUCCGCCAUCAAGUUCAUGGCUUACGAGCAGAUCAAACGUUUGAUAGGCAGUAACCAGGAGACACUGGGCAUCCUGGAGAGGUUUGUUGCGGGCUCUCUGGCUGGAGCCAUCGCCCAGAGCAGCAUCUACCCCAUGGAGGUGUUGAAGACCCGCCUAGCCCUGAGGAAGACGGGACAGUUCUCUGGCAUCGCUGACUGCGCCAAACACAUCUUCCGGAAGGAGGGCAUGGCCGCCUUCUACAAGGGCUACAUUCCCAACUUGAUAGGCAUCAUCCCCUACGCUGGCAUCGACCUGGCUGUCUACGAGACUCUGAAGAACUCAUGGCUGCAGCGCUAUGCCACAGACAGUGCUGACCCGGGGGUGUUCGUGCUGUUAGCCUGCGGUACCACCUCCAGCACCUGUGGACAGCUGGCCAGCUACCCCCUGGCCCUGGUCAGGACCCGAAUGCAGGCUCAAGCCACCAUCGAGAGCGGUCCCCAGAUGACCAUGUCGGGGCUGUUCAAACACAUUGUGAAGACUGAGGGUGCAUUCGGACUUUACCGAGGCCUUGCCCCAAACUUCAUGAAGGUCAUUCCAGCGGUCAGCAUCAGCUACGUGGUCUACGAGAACCUCAAGAUGAGUCUGGGGGUGGUGUCACGUUGAGGCCUGGGGGGAGAGGAAGGUAUCACCUUCCCUUAAGACCAAAUUGAUCAUUUUUGCUUUGCCAAGCAACGGUGCGGGUGACUCGGGGGGAAGG